UUUAGACAAUACACCACCUAGACUACUUUUAACAUUAUAGCAAGUCAUUUGCGCCACCUGCUGGAAUUUGAACCUGAAUCAGAUAAAAGACAGUUAACAGUUACCAGGCAACCAAACAGACAAAAAACAACAGCAGCUGCAGUGAGGAAACAUCUUUUAACAAAACCGCAAAAACACCCGUAAAUAUCGAACACUAUGUCCUGUGCUGCCCAAAACAAUUCCAGGCCAAAAACCAUGAGCAGAGCCAAACGAUGGAAUGCUGAUGUGGAAAACCUGUUCAGAUUCCAACAGGCAGGAUACAGGGAUGAGUUUGAAUACAUACAAGUCAAACAUGGAGCUUUGGUGGACAAGUGGCCAGAGACUGGUUUUGUGAAGAAGCUGCAGCUUCGUGACAACACAUUUUAUUACUACAACCGGAACAGAGAAUGUCAGGACGAGGACGUCAAUAAAGUCAAAGUUUACGCAUACUAGUUGUUUUUUGUAUUUAUUUAAUUUUUUAAGGAAAUGUGUUUAAGUAAAAAAGAUAAAAGAUAUGUUUUAAAAGAUAAAAAUGUAAAAAUGUUAUCAACUUCAGACAACACACGUGUACAGUAAUCCUUUUGUCAUUACCUAAUAAAUCUUUUGUGAUUUUUGAGAAUUUCCCUCCACACAUUUCUUACGAAACAACCCAAGGCUAACGCAGCAUUAUAUCUGUUUCACAAAAUUUCACGCCUUCAGUUAUUUCUGGGUCAUUAAAUUGCAUGUCCACAUGACAAUGUUUUAACUCGAACCUUUUCAAUACUUCUUUGUCUAGAUUAGACGCCUGUCACGUUUUUCUUACGCAAAACACGCUAACAUUUCUCAGCUUUUGGAAUCACACACUUAUGCCGAUUAACCUUCUAAUUAAAUGAGCAGCUGACUCAGUUAUGGUAGUUCGGUGGCUAUGUCACACAGAGGCCUAAUACUGAAUGUUUAACAUUCUUUAAGAGUUUUUGUCAUGUGUGUGUGCUGCGGAAGAGUGGGUUAAAAUUAGAUUUUCUUUGUUACUUUAUGUGUAUCUUUGAGGUAUCACAUUUUUUCAUUAGAUAAUUCAAAUGUGAAAAGUUGGCUUAGUACAGGAAUGGGCCUGGCUAACUAUUUAACCAAGUCUGACUACAAGAACAAAUAAAAAAAUAAAAAAAAAUAA